AGAGAGGAAGCUUGAAGUCAACAUGGAGGCUGCCAGUUGCUCCGCAGCUACUGUAGGGAACGGGGAUAUGGGGUCCCAGCGGGACCUGAGCCUGGUGCCUAAGCGGCUUCAGAGACGCGAACAGGAGCGGCAACUGGAAGUGGAAAGGCGGAGGCAAAAGCGGCAGAACCAGGAGGUGGAGGAGGAGAAGAGCGAGUUUUUCGCUGCCGCCUUCUCUCGGGAGCGAGCGGCUGUGGAAGAGCUUCUGGAGAGCGGGGAGUCGGUCGAGCGGCUGGAGGAGGCAGCCUCUCGGCUGUAUGGCCUGCAGAAACUUCUCAACGACUCGGUUUUGUUCCUAGCUGCCUACGACCUGCGGCAGGGACAAGAGGCGCUGGCGCGGCUGCAGGCGGCGCUGGCCGAGCGGCGCCAAGAGCUGCAGCCCAAGAAGCGUUUCGCUUUCAAGAACCGGAAGAAGGAUGCUGCUUCGGCCACCAAAGCAGACGCGGCUCCUGGCGCCCCGGCGGCUGAAGGCAUCCUGGCCUCCCCGUUGCCCUUGAAGGAGGAGAGAGGCUUCGGCCCCAGCUGGGUCUGCGGCUUUUCCAAUCUGGAGUCCCAAGUCUUGGAGAAGAGAGCCGACGAGCUCCACCAGCACGACGUUCUUUUGACCGAGCUGAGCAACUGCACGAUCAAACUGUAUGGCAAUCCCAACACCCUGCGGCUGACUAAGGCUCGCGGCUGCAAGGUGCUCUGCGGCCCCGUGUCCACCUCUGUGUUCCUGGAGGACUGCAGUGACUGCGUCCUGGCCGUGGCCUGCCAACAGCUCCGCAUACACACUACGAGAGACACCCGCAUCUUCCUGCAGGUGGUCAGCAGGGCCAUCGUGGAGGACUGCAAUGGGAUCCAGUUCGCCCCUUACACCUGGAACUAUCCGGGGAUCGACAAGGACUUCGAAGGCUCUGGUUUAGACAGAAGCAAAAAUAACUGGACCGACGUUGACGAUUUCAACUGGCUAGCCCGGGAUGUGGCCUCCCCAAACUGGAGUAUUCUUCCUGAAGAGGAGCGAAAGAUCCAGUGGGACUAAACAGUUGUCACUCUGUUCUUCACUCCUAUCAAAAUGCUUUCCAUGUAGGACUGCCUCUAGUUAACGGGACCCCGAAGUUUACUUAUUCUUGUCAUACUGUAUAUGUUUUCAGUAUUUUAAUGCUUGAGAUUGUGAUAGGCUUCUACUUGUAAUUUCAAUUAAAUUAAU